GUCCCCGCUGUCGCCCGUCUGCGUCGCCUCCAGACCCGCCAUGCCCGACGACCUCAGCAGCACCUGGAACCUGCUCAGCAGCGACAACUUCGAGGGCUACAUGCUGGGCCUAGGUAUUGACUUUGCCACUCGUAAGAUCGCCAAGUUGUUGAAUCCACAGAAAGUGAUUGAACAAGAUGGAGAUUCUUUUACCAUCCACACAUACAGCAGCCUAAGGAACUACCUUGUUAAAUUUAAAGUUGGAGAAGAAUUUGAUGAAGAUAACAAAGGACUAGAUAACAGAAAAUGCAAGAACUUGGUUACCUGGGACAAUGACAGACUCACCUGUGUCCAGAAGGGAGAAAAGAAGAACAGAGGCUGGACACAUUGGCUUGAAGGGGAUAAACUCCACCUGGAAAUGUUCUGUGAAGGCCGACUUUGCAAACAGACAUUCCAGAGAGCCUGAUUGGUACCCAACAACAGAGUCCACUUGUGUCUACAGCUUACUGCUGAAUAAUUUUCCAGAAUGAACAGAUGUUAAUCUAUCCUGCCUUGGUGAUGGGACCUUGUGGUCUAGGAGAUUUCACAUAAUCUAUACCAGAAGCCAUUCGGAGUGCAGGGAAAUGGCUCAACUUCAAUAAAA